AUGACAUUGACAGAAAGUCAUCAUUUUAUUAGUAUAUUAAUCGAUUGGGAAAAUGUUAAAAAUGUGGAAACUAAAGGAAAAUUGAAAGAAAUACUAAGCGAUGAAAAAUAUUUUAAAUAUUUCGAACGAAAUGUGAAAAAUAAUAAAAAUAUCAACUUUGGUGUUCUUGCAAUUUUAAAUAAAAUUGGAAACUCUAAAGACGAUAUAAAUUUAAAUUUACCUAAACUCGAAAAAGCUUUAAGAAAUUUUGAAACAAAUAUAAAAUACAAAAGUAAAUUAAUUGAAUGUAGUUUAUAUGCAAAAAUUUUACAUUUUACUGCUUUGGAGAUUGAUAAUGAAGAUGAAGUUGAUGGAAGAAAAAUUGAUGGAAGAAUUGAAACUUCGAUUGAUAAUCAUUUAAAAAAAGAAGAAGAUACGAAAAGAGAGAAAAGUUUUUUUAGAAGAAAAACCGACACUAUUUUCAGAAAUAAAAAACAAAAUUUGAAAAAAAUAGAUAUGAAAUAUAAAUUACGAAAAUUAUUUUUAGAAAAAUUACAAAAAAGAUUAGAACAAUCAAAACAAAGAGAUGUGAAUUUGGAUAUUGAAGGAAGUGCCCCAGAUUUUUUGACUAAAGUAAUUAAUGAUUUCAAAACUCAAUGUAAAUUUGGAGAAUCAACAAAAAAUACCCUUCAAUCUAUCGUCCAUCAACUAAAUUUUUUUAAAAAAGAAAAUAAAGAGGACAUUAUAAAAUCCUUAAAUGAAAAAAUAACAAAACAAAAAGGAAAAGUAGAAAAACAUUUUGAAGAAAAUUUGAAAAAAGAAAUAAAUAAACGCUUAACAGAAGAUGAAGAAUUUAAAAGAAAAUUAAAAGAAAGGACUUUAGAUUUAUUUAAUAAAAGAUUAAAUUUAAAAAAAUAUUUGAAGAGAAUGGCUAAACGAACAAGGAAAUUUAUAAAAUAUUUGAAAAAAAUUAAAAAUGAAUUGGAUAAUGAAAAUAUACUUUUGAAGGAUUUGAAAAAGUUAAAAAAGUUUAAAAAAUUAGAUAAAAUGGAGAGAAUGUUGGAAGAAUUGAAAAAAGAAGUGAAAGAAGAAGACGAAGCCUAUCGUGAUCGCUUUAUUUCAAAAUUCGAAUUUCUUGAUAAAAACUGGAAAGAAUUUGUGAAAUCAAAUAAAAAAUUAACAAAAUUGGCGGAAGAUGGCCAUUUAUUUAUUGGCUAUUGUUUGGCAAAACGUUUCCAAUUUAUUUUUAACAAUGAGGGACAGGCAAAAACUAAAUUUUAUGAGGAAACAAAUUCCCAUUUAUUUAACUAUGCAAGUGAAAUUAAUCAAAUUUUGGGAAACAAAAGAGUAGAUUUGGAGUAA